AUGGCAGCUCUUGUCCAGUCGUUCCCAGCUCAGCAGUCACCCUCGCAAGUUAGCUUGAUGCAGUCGCGCCCCCAAUCUGCCUCUAACAGUCUUCAGUCCGCCCAGACACAAUCAGCGCAUACCAACCAGCACCACUUGACCACGCCUCGAAACAUGGGCGGAUACAACAGUAACUCCGGCUCCAGCAACAGCAACAGCAACAACGGUACUGGUGGUGGUGGAUAUCGCAGUGGAUACACAACCGCCCCUGUUGCUCCAUAUGCGUUUACCAGCACUCCAGGUCUCUCGAACACUACCAAGCAGCAACCCCCCAAGAUUGGCGAGAGGACGUCUUCGAAGACUGACGACUCACGAAACCGUUACCCUGCUCCAGACUCCAUAUCGUCAUCUUCCUCAUCCUCUUCGGAUCCGUCAUCUCGACACCAGGGCGUAGCACCUUCUGGCUCACGUGACGACGCAGCCCUGUAUACUCGCCCAGCCCCUCGACCCCUUUCCAUGAUAUCCACCUCAAGUCUCCCGCCUCCACAAGUGGCAACAUCAACUACUCGUCCAAGCCCUGAUCGAUACCGCCGCCCGGGUAAUAAAAGACCAGAAUCUGCUGUCAUUACUGGUAGUGUGUCCGCUCUGCCCAGCGGAUCUGGAAUGGCUGCCGUGGCUGCCAUUUACAAUCAACCGUCUAGGUCGAUCAGCAGCCCCUCGCUAACACAAGGCCCAGCUCCAGCCAUCAAGGCCCCCUUCAUUGGGGACUAUGCUGGUCAAUUGAGAAGUCAGUCGGUGGAUGAUAUCCAUGCCCAUCGACAACAAUCUCUUACGCAACAACAAAUGCAAAACAGGAGGAGAUCAGUCGGGCCUGAUGCGUUCAGUCCAGAAAGUUUCUCAAGUUUCGUACGACAAGAGGUGGGGUCAAUGUCGAAUCCAGCGUCGAUACAGCUCUCGGGGCCGGGUCAGGCCUCCCACCGACCGGGAAACAGGAGAAACGGCAGUACUGACAGCACCAACUCGGGAAAUUCUUCGAGGCCCAAUUCGAGUAACCGAAAUUCGGUUCAUUCUAACCACUCGAAUACCGGAUCCUCAACACCGCACGAAAUCAAUCCGUCUCAGGUCCCCCCUCGUGGAUCAUCCACUGAUGGGAAUAAGCGAGUCACAGCCCCCUCCCCGCUUUCAAAACCUGUGAACAUGGCAGCCGACUCGACUUCAUCUUACCAAACCUUCCCAGAGCCCCAGAGCAAUGCUAACGGAGCCCCGCCGGCGCUUACAAGAUCGGCCACUCAACAACUCGAAGCUAUUCCUGAUGUACCCAAGAAAGGCAUGAAGAACAGGCUUCGUCGCGCUUUCUCAUUUGGUAGCGCAGCUGAACUGCGUAAGGUGUCAGCGGUCAACAACAUGAGGGGUGAGGAUGCUGCUGAGCGGGCUAGACUUCGUCAAGAGAAAUUUCGCGAAGAACAGAAUGCAGAGCAGCUGAGGAUUGCACAGAGACAAGAAGAAGCCGGGUUAGGCGAGGGGAUUUACAAUGGGCAAGGAAAUUUCUUCACUGGAUCAACUGAUAAUAUCUCUGUUUCUUCAACUGCGUCUUCGGCGUCGAUUAUGAUAAGGAAGAUGGGGAAGGGAAUGAAGAAAUCAACACGAUCAUUGGUGGGAUUGUUCAGGCCGAAAUCUGUCGUUGGGGUGCCUGCAGCUAGUGGGCCGGUCACCGCGCAGGCAAGUAUGGGACAAGUAUCGAUGGUUACGGUUGAGGCAGAGAGGGAGAAGGUUAAUGUCAACGCGGAUGCUCGUGAUCAGACAGGUGGUGGUACUGGGUUCCCCAAGUUGGAGAACAACUCGCUUGAGACCCCCAGAGUUGGUGAGCCAAGCACUGCGAGGAGAUCUAGCAAUGCGAAUGAUACCGAAGCUGCUAGAAAGAGCUUUGUUGGUGGGGCGCAAGAUCGGGCUGAGGUUCUGGCUGCUGUAAAGAAAGGAAUCUUGAAACGAUCCGGUUCGUCAUCUCCGAUCAUCAAGCCAUCAGAUCCCUCCAACUUUCCGGAGAAUCAAAGGCCGCAUGGAAAACAGAGAUCAGACUCGGUCAGGGGCGAUGAGGAUUAUUUCAUCUCUGGGCCCAGGUUUUCUACAGGCAACUCUGCGAGUGCACCUACAUCGCCUGCGUCAGCUGCCAAAUACAACGUUAGCUUUAGCCCGAGAAUUACUUUUCACGACACAUGGCCUAGCGGCGAAUAUGAUAGAAGGGGUGAGAUUGCUACCUGUAACAGGUUAACACCUAUGCUUGCUCAGCAGAUUAAGGAGGAGUUGAAUACGUUCAAGAUGGAAAUGGCUGUUCAUGAGGAGUCCAAAGUUUAUACGCAUUUUUUCUAA